UGAUCCCACUCGGGAACCAGAACACGAGCCGUGAUGCAGCGGGCUUUGUUUAGCCGGAGCGCGCUGCUCGCCCAGCAGGCGGCAGCGGCCGUCGACAGUCUUCUGGCAGCGAGGAGCGUGCCUCUGCUCCAGCGCCUGGACCGCUCCAUUUCCUCCGCCACCACCACCACCCCACCACCGGCAUGCAUUCUCCGGCCGCUGGAAGCUCCACUGCGUUACCUGUUUGGACCUGGACCCUCAAACGUUCCUCCGCGUAUUUUAGCCGCACAGGGCAGGCCGAUAAUUGGUCACAUGCAUCCAGAAAUGUUUGAGAUCAUGAAUGACAUCAAGAGAGGGAUCCAGUACAUCUUUCAGACAGAGAACAACAUGACUAUAGCUAUGAGCGGCUCCGGGCACGCGGCCAUGGAGUGCGCGGUGUUCAAUACGGUGGAGCCCGGUGAGAGCGUGCUCGUUGCUAUUAACGGAAUCUGGGGAGAGCGCGUUGCAGAAAUUGCAGAAAGAAUGGGUGCCAAUGUACAUAAAAUGGUAAAAGCACCUGGAGGAUAUUUCAGUAAUAAGGAAAUUGAACAGGCUGUAGAAAAACACAAGCCUGUCCUGUUUUUCCUUACACAUGGAGAGUCUUCCGCGGGCCUCUGUCACCCUGUAGACGGCAUUGGAGACAUCUGCAGGAAACAUAACUGCCUCUUCCUUGUUGACACAGUCGCAUCUCUUGGUGCAGCACCAAUUUUUAUGGACAAGCAAAAUAUUGACAUCCUGUAUACUGGCUCUCAGAAGGCUCUGAAUGCACCUCCUGGCACAGCACCUAUCUCCUUUAAUGACAGAGCAUGCCACAAGAUGUUUAACAGGAAAACCAAACCUGUCUCCUACCUCUUUGAUAUGACUCAUUUGUCCAACUACUGGGGUUGCGACGGCCAACCAGCCAGAGUAUACCACCACACUGGUCCAGUGUCUGGAUUCUUUGCCCUGAGAGAGAGUCUGGCAGUUCUUGCUGAGAAGGGGCUGGAGGAGUCCUGGAAGAAACACAAGGAGGUGGCAGCCUACCUAUAUAGAGGGCUGGAGGACUUGGGCUUCAAGCUCUUCAUCCCUGAACAGGACUUAAGGCUCCCCUCCGUCACCACCAUUGCCAUUCCGGAUGGCUAUGAUUGGAGGGAGAUGCUGGCCUACAUUAUGAAACACCAUCAGAUGGAGAUGACUGGUGGCCUAGGCCCUUCUAUCGGCAUGGUGAUGAGGAUUGGAUUGAUGGGAUACAACUGCGAGAAGAUUAAUGCAGACAUGGCACUACAUGCCCUGGAAGAUGCUCUCAAGAACUGCAAAAAGAGCAAGGCUUAAGACACAUGAUUCCCUGUCCAGCCACCCUGUACUUCUUCAUUAGGAAAUACAAAGUAAA